AUGCUCUCCUCGGAGAGUGAGGCGGGGGUACAUGGGCGUCGUCAGGUUCGUUCACAGGACGUGGAUGUCACUCCGAAGAGGAUCCUGAACUGCUCUGAACUGGGUUUCACCGCGUUAGCGAGUCAGGAUUUACAUGUCGGUCAGACCUUUAUUUACAGUAACUUCAGGAUUAAAAGCACCCUGCUACAUGAGAUGGGCAUCUCAGGAAAAUCCAAGAUGGCUGCCAAGCGGAAGGGUGGCCUGAAAUUGAACGCCAUCUGCGCUAAGUUAAGCCGGCAGGUUGUCUAUGAGUGUGCGGCGGAGCAGGCCGAACCCGACCAGAAACUUCCGGAGGCUUGCCCAACCGACGGCCUGCAGCACGGCGACCAGGAGGUGGAGGCCAAGGUCCCCGACGGGCUGCAGCACAUCCAGAAGCUGGAGGAGGACAAGAAGAGGCGGGAGGCGAUCGAGAAGUGGGUGAACGGGGAGUACACGGACGAGCACGGGGACCGCAGUGAGGAGCGGCUCGUCAAGGCAGGGGAUGGCGACUUCCUGCCCUCGGAAGGGGUCUACAUGCUUCAGCCCAAAGGUUGCAGUGAAGAGGAGGACAUUGACGGGGCUCAGGAAUCUCUGGACGGUAGCUACAUGGACGAUCGAGAUUCGGAGGAUGUGGGGCCGAAAGAGGAAGGCUACAAUUCUUCUAGUGAGGCCAGCAUAAGGCAGCACAGUGUUGCCUCUUCAGGGGAAGCAUCAACUCUCCACGACUAUGCAGCGUCGACCAUGAACGAGUUCCUGGGGAUGUUCGGCUACGACGACCAGAACGUCAGGGACGAGCUGACGAAGAAGAUCAGCUUCGACAAGCUGAACGCCACUACCUCAGACACCUACCCCGGGGCCCCUCUGGGAGAGGAUGCGCUGGCGAGGAGGGUCCGCAACUCCAAGUACGAGGAGUGCAUUCGGAAGCUCAAGACAGGGGAGCAGCUGCCCCGGCCGAUACCCUCCUCUAAAGUUGAGGAGGCAGGCCCCAGGCCCCCACAGGCAAAGGAGGCCCCGCCACCAACCGGGCAAGAGGCCUCUCUCCGUCGUGACGCCAAACCCGCCCCACCCGCCCCUCGGGGUUCCAAGUACGACUACUUCAUCCAGAAGCUGAAGACGGGUGAGAGCCUCCGGCCCCAGAAUGGUAACACCUACAAGAGGCCAUCCAAGUAUGACCUGGAGAACGUCAAGUACCUGCACCUCUUCAGCCCCGGCGAGGGGGACCCCGACAUGGGCGGUGCCAUCGCCUUCAAGACCGGGAAGGUCGGGCGCCCCUCCAAGUACGACGUCAAGAACAUACAGAAGCUGGCCAUGGCCAAGGCUCCGCCAAACGUGCCGGCCGCGCCGCUCUCCGGCACCUCCUGCGCUCCGGGGACCGGCUCCGAUUCGGCCGCCGCAGUCAGCUUCGGGGGCCCCGACCUCCUCAAGUCGAGCUUCUCCAGGACUGACUCCAUCACGACUGGAACCGUCUCCACCGUCAGCCGGCUUUCCAAAGGGGACCCGUUAGUGGAUGACUCCGUUGGAAGGUUGUCGAGUUCAAACGUGUCUACAGUGAAUCGGAAUGGAUUGUCCUCAGACAAGCCAGGUGCUCUGCCAGAUGAUGUAAAUAUUUACCAGAAGUACAUUGCCAGCUCCCUCUCCUGCGCCGCUCUGCGAACACCAUCACCCAAGGGACUGGAGGACAGGCAUGGUCACACAACAUGGAAACAGACCAUUCGGCCCACCAUUCCCAUGCUCACCUUGAACCCAUCCACAUCAAUCCAUCUUCCAGAACCUGGCUCGUACUCUUCUAUACCUAGGUUUUCCGGGAGUCAGCAGUGUGGGCACAUUCACUGCGCCUAUCAGUAUCGGGAGCAUUAUCACUGUCUGGAUCCUGAGUGCAACCACCAGAGAUUUACCAGUAAGCAAGAUGUGAUUCGACACUACAACAUGCACAAGAAACGAGACAACUCCCUCCAGCACGGCUUCAUGCGGUUCAGCCCCCUGGACGACUGCAGCGUUUAUUACCACGGAUGCCACCUGAACGGCAAGAGCACACACUACCACUGUAUGCAGGUGGGCUGCACGAAGGUGUACACCAGUACCUCUGACGUCAUGACGCACGAAAACUUCCACAAGAAAAAUGCACAGCUGAUCAACGACGGUUUCCAGCGUUUCCGAGCGACAGAAGACUGCGGGACUUUGGGGUGUCAGUUCUACGGACAGAAAACCACUCACUUCCACUGCAGGCGCGCUGGCUGCACGUUCACCUUCAAGAACAAGUGUGACAUCGAGAAGCACAAGAGCUACCACAUCAAGGAUGACGCCUACGCCAAGGACGGCUUCAAGAAGUUCUACAAGUAUGAGGAGUGCAAAUACGAGGGCUGCGUGUACAGCAAGGCCACCAACCACUUCCACUGCAUCCGCCUGGGCUGCGGCUUCACCUUCACCUCCACCAGCCAGAUGACGUCGCACAAGCGCAAGCACGAGCGCCGCCACAUCCGCAGCGCGGGGGGGCUGGGACUCGCCUCCCAGCUGCUGGGCCGCAAGGACGCCGAGCAGGACGACUCCAGCAACGACGACCUCAUCGACUACUCCGCCAUCAGCAGCAAGAACUCGAGCCUGAGCGCCUCCCCGACCAGCCAGCAGUCCUCGGUUCCCAUCGUGCUGCCCGCUCCCUCCAGCGAGAUCCCCAACGCCCAGGCCGUCAAGCCCGUCACCAAGAUGCCCACCCUGCUCUCCCAGACGCUGCCCAGCUCCAUCCCGGUGGCGCUGGCCCUCUCCAACGCCGGGAUGUCGGCCGGCGGGCCCUUCUUCCCAAUGCUGCCCAGCAGGGUGUCCGUGGCCCUGCCGGUCUCGGCCGCCGGCCUGAUCUCCGCCAUCUCCUCCAGCAUCUCCAGCCUGCCCACUGAGUCGCCCUCGCAAGCCGUCUCAGCCUCGGGCAGCCCGGCCGCCGCGUCCAUCAUGGAGAAGAUGACAGCGAGCAAGGGUCUCAUCUCACCCAUGAUGGCCCGCCUCGCUGCUGCUGCCCUCAAGCCCUCCGCCCCGACAGAGGCAGGGAAUGGACAGCCAACGCCAGCAAACCAGUUCAGCCUGAUCGAGCUCAAGCAGGAGGCCGGUGACACUGUCAAGACACAAACCCAGGAUCAGAGUCUUGAUCUCAGCCUGAAGGACCACGGGACUGAGUCCAAUGGUCACAUGGAGACUGGGAACACUUCUCUCUUAUCCUCGUUUCUCAAUAAGGUAUCCCAGAGCAACAGCGGACUGGGCGGUUUAAUGAACCUCAAGGCAGAGCCGGAUUGUGGGCAUUCCGAUGAAGACCAGGCUUCCUUCAUGAGCAAAGCAAUGGUUCAGCAGAGGCCGGAGAAACGGACGGAGCUCUGGGAAAAAUACCUGCGCAGGUUUACGACAGAGGAUUACUGUGAGAGCCAGUGUGAUUUCCUGCACAAGGUCCAUUUCCAUUGUGUGGUGGAGGACUGCGGUGCCCUGUUCAGCACCCUGGAUGGGGCCAUCAAACAUGCCAACUUCCAUUUCCGAGCCGACGGCGGGGUGGUGAAGGUGAAGUCGGAACCUUGUUUCUCCAGCCCAAUUGCCGUGGAGAACAGAGCCCCUGGCACCUCGGCAUUCCCUCCCAUCGCCAUGGUAACAGCUGCAGCCGUGCAAGUCUCCCCAGCGAGCCCCAAAGUCAUCUCCACCGCCCCGACGCUCUUCACCUGGAAACAGCUGGCAGCUUCCAUCCCUCAGCUCCCCGUCUCCACGUUGGCGACGUCUUCCCUGGCAACCACAUCUCUGGAGAACGCAAAGCCUCAGGUCAAACCAGGAUUCCUGCAGUUUCAGGAAAACGAUCCCUGUCUGGCGACCGACUGCAAAUACUCGAACAAGUUCCACUUCCACUGUCUGUUUGGAAACUGCAAAUACGUCUGUAAAACUUCUGGGAAAGCAGAAUCACACUGUCUAGACCACAUCAAUCCCAACAACAACCUGGUCAACGUGCGUGACCAGUUCUCCUACUACUCUCUGCAGUGUCUCUGUCCAAAUCAGCAAUGUGAAUUCCGUAUGAGAGGACACUACCACUGUUUACGGCCUUUCUGCAACUUUGUGACCAACAUCACUACAAAGCUCCCCUGGCACAUCAAAAAGCACGAGAAGGCUGAGCGACGGGCUGCCAAUGGCUUCAAGUACUUCACCAAGCGAGAAGAAUGUGGCAGGCUAGGCUGCAAGUACAACCAGGUAAAUAGUCACUUUCACUGCAUCCGCGAUGGCUGCCUCUUCUCCUUCCUCCUUAAGCACCAGAUGACAUCCCACUCUCGCAAGCACAUGAGGAGAAUGCUGGGCAAGAACUUCGACAAGAUCCACAGCCAGGGGCCCAGGAGUGACGACGCCACUGACAACAUGGCUGCCACCAGUGGCUCCUCAGCUGUGACAUCAUCAUCUAACAUGGUGGACAUGGAAACAGACGAGUGCAUGGACUACCCCUUGGCAACCAGCCCGGCCGGCCUGUCCUCCGAGUCUUCGGUUCCAGACCGCAGCUGCACCAGCACCCCAGUUGGAAACGAAAGCAGUGUGGCAGGGAACACAAUUUCUCUCCCGACUGCCUCUGGUGCGAAGAAGAGAUUCUGGAUCAUCGAAGAUAUGUCCCCCUAUGGGAAGCGGCGGAAGACAGCCUCCUCCCGCAAGAUGCUGGACGAAGGGAUGAUGCUGGAGGGCUUCAAGCGAUACGACCUCUACGAGGACUGCAAGGACGCGAGCUGCCAGUUCUCGCUGAAGGUCACCCACUACCACUGCACCCGGGAAAACUGCGGCUACAAGUUCUGCGGCCGCACCCACAUGUACAAGCACGCCCAGCACCACGACCGCGUCGACAACCUGGUCCUCGAUGACUUCAAGCGCUUCAAGUCGUCGCUGCGCUGCAACUUUGCGGACUGCCAGUUCUCGGGCAACAGCACCCACUUCCACUGCCUGCGCUGUGGCUUCCGGUGCACCGACAGCACCAAGGUGACGGCUCACCGCAAGCACCACGGCAAGCAGGACGUGAUCAGCGCUGCCGGCUUUUGCCAGUUCAGCUCCAGUGUCGACUGCGAGGUGGCCGAGUGCAAGUACAAGCUCAAGUGCUCGCACUUCCACUGCACCUACCCUGACUGCAAGCACACAGUGGUGGGCAUGUCCCAGAUGGACUCCCACAAGCGCAAGCACGAGAAGCAGGAGCGCGGGGAGGCGAUGCCCGUCUCGCCAGCCCGCGAGGUGAUGCACGGCGCCCUGGAGUACGACUCCCAGGCGUCCUCCCUCAACCUGGACGGCUCCCUCAACCUGGGCACGGGUGCCGACGGCCCGCUCUUCUUCCUGAAGAACCCGGCCGGUGUCGGCCUCAGCGACUCGCUCGACCUGAGCGCCAAGCCACACGAGGCGACCCGCUUCGGCACCGCCUCCGCCCAGGAGGACAUCACCGCCACGUCGGGCGACGCCGAAGACGACAACGAUGCCACGCAGGACGACGAGGAGCCGAAUGACGAUGACGAUGACGAAGACGACGACGAUCUCAACACGGACUCCGACAGUAGCCAUGGCACUGACCACAUGGACAUGGUGGAGAAAGAUGAAGCAGGUGGGGUGUAGCAGGGAGGCCUACCUCCCUACCCCCCUCCACCCAGUAAAGAAUCUGUCCCUCUGUUCACUCACUGGGAUAACAAAUCCUCCUCGAUUUAAAAGAAAUAUUGUAGUAGAACUAAGAACCAAACCUCGCAGUGUGUGUAUGUGUGAAGGGGCCCGGGCAGCCUUUACACCCCAUCAGGAUCAAACGGAGGGCUUCAGGAUGCCUCCACCCUCAACAAUAUGCUUCCAGACCAGCUCACGACAACAGGACAGUGCCCACAACAAGUGAAAAGAAUCUUGAGUUGUCGAUGAACAAAACAAUUGGCUUCAGAUGGUACGUGCAGUAGGAAGAACUUGCUCCCUAAAAGAUGUUUACAACCUGACCAACGUGAUUAAUCCCUUUUAAUAUGCAGGAAAAAAAAAGAAAAUCUAUAAUCCAACGUUCUUGAGUUGGACACCAUGUAAUGUUUGGGUAUUGCCUUUGCUACCGAAAACUCCUUGGUUGCGUGUGUGCAUGUCUGCUAGAUUUUAUUGUUUUAAUUUUUUGGGAAUUUAAAGAAAACAAGAGUAAUAUGAAAGCGAAAUUGAUAAAGCAGUUUCUGAGCUGCGGUGUACAUUGCGGUAUGGCAGCGUGUGCAAGUGAAGAAUUUACAAAGGCAGUUUUAAAAUGGCCGUUUUCUGUUGUCAGUCCCACAGUCGCCUCCAACGGGCGAUGAGAAGCCCUUCGGGGUUAAGGCACAUUAAACGCCUUCUGAAGCACUGAGUGUGGUUGAACAAGUGUUCAUUGUGAAACAGUGCUCAGACCGAGUGACGUUUCUUUAAUGAUCUUCCAUUAAUUUAUUUUACUUUGAAGAUCUUCUUUUUCUCUCUCUUUCUGUCUUUCUCUUUCUCACUUUCUCUCUUCCUUACCCUGGAGUUUGCAUUUGUUUUAUCCUGGAUCGCGUCCUAUUGCAGGUCUUUCCAUUCCAAACCUCUCAGCCUCUUGCCGCUGUUCCAGAAUGAUUUUUUUUCCCGCGAUUGUAAAGAAGCCAUAUAUGGCACCUGGAAGCUUCUAGAAGUUUUUUUUUUGUUUGUUUUGUAGAUAGAAUGAGAACAUUUCAAACAAAAUUAUUUUUAUAUAUUUAAAGCAGAAAUCAAUUUGAAUGUUGUAGAUACUCUGAGGCCCGACAUGGUCAUGUUGUUUGCAAAUCAUUGGCCACCGCAAGGAAUCUAACUCUUUGAGGGCUUAAAUCUGUGGUUCCUCUAUUCAAAGGGGUCUCUUUGUGUUUCUGUGUAUGAGUUUCUGAUCAAAAGCCGUCUCUCCUCUGUGUGUUUAAGAUUGUUUGAAAACAGGGCCAUUAUAUCUUUAAAGAUGAGAAUGAUAUACUUUCAAAGAAGCAACAGGAAUCAGGUAACUAUAUGUACAAUACAUAUUAGCUAACGUUUCAGUACUGAAGAAGAACCAAUUUCACUCUCCCUUUUCUGAUCUGACAACUUCAAUGAUCGUUGUGUCCCUUCAAACUCAAUCUGAACUAAAAAGAGAAAACGGUGGAAAAUUUUAGCAGGCCAGGCAGCAACUGUAGGAAGAACUCAUUCCACAGAAACUGCCUAACCUUCUAAGAUUUUCCACCAUUUAUUUUUUAACAAGCAACAAGUGUAGUCCACUUCCCCACAUUAAAUACUCCACUGACCUCCUGACAGUUCUGUCCCACGAUUAGAUGACAUGAAAACUUGUUUCCACUGCAGUACCCCUUGCCUGGGGUUGCUGCUUCUAAAUGUGGAGCCAAGCCUUUUUAGGUUCGAUUUUCUGUUCCCACCCUCCCCAACUAUACCCUCCGCCCCCCCCCCCACCACCACCAGCCUCAGCCGGCUUGAUUUCUGCCAACACUGGUUUUGCUAAUUGUAUAGAUUUGCAGUCCGCACAUAACACACACGUUUCUGCAGCAGAUUAACGACUUCUGUUUUCACCUUUCCCUGAAAGCUUAGCCUCUUAAUUGCUCUUCUAAAGUUGUCAGUUUAACACCUCAUUAGUCACUAACUAGUAGAGUUUAGCUGUACCUCUCUAUAAAGUCGUCCUGCUAUUGUAGAUAGAUUAGCUUCAGUGUGUAGUCCUUGUUAUAGAAGACCCUGGCAAGACCAAUUAUACACUUUCCAAGUGGUGCAUCCACAGAUGACAUGGACAAAUUAUUUCAAAAAUGACAAAGCUUUGGGGAGCAUCCUAUUGGCCAGAUCACCUCAACAUGCUCCAACUCAUUACAUUCAUCUUGGAUAAAUCAAACGAAUCAAAGGAACGUAUUCUAACACAUACAGAAUGGAAGAACUCAGGAGAUCAAGCAGCAUCUAAGGCGAGGAAGUUUUCCCCUUUCCCCAACUCUCUUCUUCCAUUCCCUCUCUGGCUUCCCUCUUACCUACUCUUUUCUCACCUGCCUAUCAGCUCCCCACAUUGCCCCUCCUCUUUCCUACCCUCCCAUGGUCCACUCUCCUCUCCUACUAGAUUCUUUCUUCUUCAUCCUUUUACCUUUCCCACCUAUUACCUCCUAGCUUCUUACUUCAUACCCCUCCCCACCCACCUGGCUUCACCUAUCAUCUUUUAGUUUGUACUCUGUGCCCUUCCUCUCCUACCUUCUUAUUCCUUUCCAGUCCUGAUGAAGGGUCAUGGCCCAAAACAUCAACUGUUUAUUCCUUUCCAUAGAUGCUGCCCGACCUGCUGAGUUCCUCCAGUAUUUUCCAUCUGCAGAAUCUCUUGUGUAGAAGAUAUCGACUAGCACCCUAAGUUAACAUAGAGACUUCAAUAUUGAAAAUACAUCAACUUGUUUCAUCCUGCAGUAAGGAAGGAGUUGCUCUGACACUUCUGUCCCAAUGUUGCAUGUUUAAAUGGGGUCACUGGGGAGGACAGUCCCAAACUACAGGCUCUGAGAAUGCAGAAGCCCCCCAGAGGAUGUGCCCUCGAGUCCCCAACUGCUUCUCUGACGCCAAAGAAAGGCAGUGAAUGUGCUUCGAAAUGAGCACUGAUGCCACCGGCCAAAUCUCCUGAAUUAUCUCAGUUCCCCUAGACCAGAGAGCAUAGGAGCAGAAUUAGGCCAUUUGGCCCAUCAAAUCUUCUCUAUCACUCGAACACAGUAGUAGAACAUUCGGGAAAGGCUAAAGGCCUGAUGUCUGUCUCCUGUCACCAGUCAUAGGCUCAACAGUAACAUCACCCCACAGUUUCCGGUUAGCGUUGAGGAGGACUGUCUGCUACAUCCAACAUCCUUGGACCACCUACUUAAGCCUGGCCACUUCCACCAAUGGUCAUUCCUAAUGGUUAGCCAGUCUCCAACAUUAUGUUGCACCAGCUCCAGCCCAUUCAACACUUUACAGAGUGGGGCAACAAGCUCUUGGAGGAACUCAGUAGGUCAGCAUCCCCCCCCCCAACCCCACCCAUAAACCAUCCCCAGCAUCUGCCAUCUUUUACGUCUCCAGCCUGAAACUAACCACCCGAGUCCUGAACCCCUAUUGCAUCGCACUGUCCUCCAUCAGUGCCGAUGAAGGGUCUCGGCCUGAAACGUCAACUGUUUAUUCCUCUCCAUGAGCUGCCAAGUUUCUCCAGCAUUUUGUUGCUCUGGACUUCCAGCAUCUGCAGAAUUUCUUGUGUUUACACUGUCCCCACCGACUGACAUUGGUUUUCCAAGAAGUCUCUUGUUGCUUCAUAGCAGUGUCUCUCUGUUAACUCGAUACCCCCGUCCACCCUGGGACAGAACAGCGCUCAGAGUUCCACUCUGCAUUCCACCAACUCUGCCUCCCAAAGACCAAGACUGGAAAACUCCCUAGCGCUACUACACUCACCAGCCCAAGUGGCAUUGGGACAGAAGGUGGCUUACCAACAGGAAAGGAGGCUGUCUUGUACAGUGGCCCCAGUGCUUGUUCAUUCAGGAAUCAGAUUAAUCUGAUGCUAGACCAUCAACUUUCAAAUAUCAUUAUGAUGGCAAAAUAUAUCAAAUCACUGUGCGAAUUAUUGUCGAAAUUUUAAGAAUGAGAUAAUUGGAAUAUGACUUAUAUAUAGAACAAUCACAUCCUUAAUGUGGUCCUACUAAGAAUCUAUUUUCAUUGUUGACCUUCUGGAAGUUUUUAUUUCCUUUAAAGGUAAUGCUUUAACUUAAAGCAGAUUUAUAUUAGCAUGUCAGUAGGCAAACCUGAUCGACAGUUUAACCCCGACACUGUUUUACACAUUUGGGCUGUUACAGAAUGGGAUAAUGGCUUUUAACAGGGCAGUGUCUAGUCUUUAUGGUACACGUUUCUGCAGUUCUUUGAGUGAAGCACUACAGGCAGGUGCUAUGAGUGUGUUAACCUGCUUUUGUGUCCUUUUUGUAAGUUUGCACUAAUUCUGUUUUGUAUUAGAAACAGUCGUGAACCCUACCAAUUAACAGAAAACUCCAUUUUAUUGCCAGUUUUUAGGUAGCCCCAUCCCCAAGCAGGGCAGAAGUCAUUUGGUGUGUACCUGAUCUUGUAUGAGAAUUUAAUAACACUUGGGAGAAACUAUUAGGGCAAGCUGUGUUGGAGUUGCUGUCUUUCCAAGUGUACCACUCGAUGGGCCAAAU